AAUGCACACAUUUGGGGGUGCCUUUGAUGGGGACAGGUGAGACGUUUAGAGGGCAAUGGGGGGCGGUUGGGGUCAAGCCAGCCCCUCAUAAAUAUCUAUUGGUAAGAUCAUGUGUGCUAAAUUGGGAAAGAAUACAACAACAAAUUAAACUGAAGUAUUAUCCUGAUCCCAUGUUGCUGGACAUCAUGGAGCUACGUACCUGGACAUAAAGGGAGGUAGUGCUUGUUUUCGUUGUUAUCUUCCAAAUGAGGAAACAUGGCACAAGGCUGAGCUCCCUUCACCUGGUCAGCUGCCAAACUGGGAAAGGGGGGCCCUUGGGGGUCGCGCCAGGCCCUUGUGCCUUUGGGGCCGCUUCCUGUUUUCCAGGAGAAGGAGGUGAGGUUGUGUGACCCCUGCGUUCAGGUCUGGGAGCCCCUUUGGGAGGAUCCAUUCACAGGAUGUCUCAAGGGAAGGAGAACUGAACGGAUGAGCAGGGCAGUUCCUCCGGAUGGAGAGAGGCCUCUCUUUAGGGUCCUCGGGGUUGCCCCACAGGAGAGACCGGGCCUGUUCUCUGCCAUCCCAGAGGUGCCUCCAGGACGUGAGCUGGAUGCAGGUGAUGGCCCAUGCGCUGAACAUAGUGCCGCCCAAUGUGUCUGCCUCUGAGGACUGCCUCUACCUCAACGUCUUCACGCCGGACACAGAGGCCAAGUUGCCGGUGCUGGUCUCGAUCCAUGGUGGGGGCCUGAUUGCGGGGUCUGCCUCCAUGUACGAUACACCUGCCCUCUCUGCUUUCGAGAACGUGGUGCUGGUGGUCCUUCAAUACCGAUUGGGGAUCCCGGGCUUCUUCAGCACCGGGUCCAAGGAGGCGCCUGGCAACUGGGGCUUGCUGGACCAGGUGGCAGCCCUCAGGUGGGUCCAGGAGAACAUCGAGGCCUUCGGAGGAGACCCCACUUCGGUGACCAUCAUGGGAGAGUCGGCCGGAGGGUUCAGUGUGGGGGUCCAGGUUUUGUCCCCAUUGUCCAGGGGCCUUUUUCAGAGAGCCAUCUCAGAGAGUGGAGUGGCCCUAUUAAACAUCCUUGCUGUGAAGGACCUCAGAGCCAUGGUCCAGACAGUUGCCAAUGUCUCUGGCUGCGAGAACAGCAGUCCAGCUGCCCUGGUGCGUUGCUUGAGGAGCAAAACGGAGGAGGAACUGGCUGCCCUGAACAUCCAGCUGUGCCAGGUCUUUGGAUCAGCCCUUGCUGUGGUUGAUGGGAAGUUACUUCCAAAGGCACCGGAGGAGUUGCUGGCUGCGAAAGAGUUCAGAAAAGUACCGUAUCUGAUUGGCAUCAAUAACCACGAAUACGGAUGGACUCUCCCUCAGUCAGGUUUAUUCGUUUCCAUCACGGAGGUCAUGGACCGGCAGGCGGUGACAGCUGCCUUCCAGGAAUCGGCCCCCGUCCUGAAUAUCCCAGUGGAGGCCACGCAGAGGGCUCUGAAGGAGUAUGUGGGGGAGACGGAAGACCCCCGGGAACUACGGGCUCAGUUUCUGGAUUACAUGGGGGACGUCAUGUUUCUCCUUCCUUCUGUUCGGACAGCUAGAGCUCAUAGAGACUCUGGUGCCCCCGUCUACUUUUACCAAUUCCAGCAUCCCCCUUCCAUCUUCAGAGACACAAGGCCGGUGUAUGUCAAGGCCGACCACGUAGACCAAGUCAUCUUCGUGUCGGGAACACCGCUCUUACGUAGCAAGGAUUCCCCGCUUGGGGAAUACACGGAGGAGGAGAAGCGGCUCAGCAAGACGAUGAUGAGAUACUGGGCGAACUUUGCCCGCAGCGGGAACCCAAACGGCCGAGGGCAGGUGAAGUGGCCCCGGUACGACCAGAAGGAGGGCUACCUGGAAUUGGACCUGGAGCCAAGAGGAGCCCAGAAGCUGAAGCAGGACAAAGUCGACUUCUGGCUGAAGACCCUGCCUGAGCAGAUGAGGGAGGAAACGACGAGAGGGAAAGACACACCAAGAGCUGUAUGAAAGGAGAGGUGGCCACAGAGGAGAGCAGGGCACCUCCAGGGAGGAGGAAGCAGCUUCAGGAGCAGAGCAGUUGAGUUGCCUCUCCGUCUCAAGAAAGCAGAGCCUGGUGAAUGUCAUGGGGAAAUCAUUGGGGCCUUAGAAUCCUAGAGUUGGAAGAGAUCUAGUUGGCCAUCUAGUCCAACCCCAUUCUGGCAAGAGGCAGGGAAAUUGCCUUCAAAGCACCCCUGACAGAUGUCCAUCCAGCCUUUGCUUAUAAGAAGGGGCCUCCCUCCACCACACUCCCUCCAGGGCAGAGGAGAGAGUUCCACUGGUGAACAGCUCUCUCUCACUCACACACAGUCCGGAAGUUCUUCCUCAUGUUCACGGAGGACUUCAUCGCAUUAAGGCAAAACUACAGGAAAGGAGAUUCCACCUGAACAUCAGGAAGAACUUCCUCACUGUGAGGGCUGUUCGGCAGUGGAACUCUCUCCCCCGGACAGUGGUGGAGGCUUCUUUUUAAUAAUAAUAAUAAUAAUAAUAAUAAUAAUAAUAAUAAUAAUAAUAAUAAUAAUAAUUUUAUUUAUAUCCCGCCUCCAUCUCCCCGAAGGGGACUCGGGGCGGCUCACAACAAAAUCAAAAUACAAGCAAUGAUAAAAUAUGAAACAUCAAAGGACAACAACAGAAACCAAUAAUAAAAUAUACACAAUAGGCAAAAAAACACAACACAGAAUUAAAACAUCAAAUUAAAAACAAUGAGGUUGCAAUAGUGGGUAAGCAAGGUGCACAUUAUGAGUAACAAAUUCGUAAAUAGAUAAAGUGCAAUAGAAUAAUUUAAGGUCACAUUAGGUAGGGAGGAGUCCUGAAUAAUAUCAAGCAAUCAGGAAUCAGGAGAAGAGCAACCAGUGCAAAAGGUCGAGGAGCAUAACAAUUGUGAUGGAAAAAGGCGAUCUUAACCAAAGGCCUGGGUGAAAAGCCAAGCUUUCAGACUCUUCCGAAACGCCAUCAAGGUAGGAGCUUGCCCGAUCUGAGCGAAUUUGUCUACAAAAUGGUGCGCGAACUCGCUGCACCGAGUUGCCGCGUCCUCGGGUGCCUCCCCACCCUCAGGAGGGUGGAGGAGCUCCCCGAGGACAUGGAACAACUCCAAUGGUCUAUUAGUUGCAGACACUAUGCGGGCAGUUGUGAAGGUCUUCCUGGCUGCUUCUUUGGAGGCUUUUAAGCAGAGGCUGGAUGGCCAUCUGUCGGGGGUGCUUUGAAUGAGAUUUUCCUGCUUCUUGCAGGGGGUUGGACUGGAUGGCCCGUGAGGUCUCUUCCAACUCUAGGAUUCUAGGAUUCUAUGAUUCUAAUUAAAUGGAUUAAAAUGUU